ACCACGUACGUGUAUGGUUGUGUUCUAAUGACGUGUCGGUGCAUAACCUCUCUCAGGCUCUUUUGAAUACACUUCCAUCAGUUUUACUUUUAAAUAGUUAAGAAUAAUUUCCUUAAAUUAGUACUCAAAUGGCACCAAAAGAUAGUAAAGACGACAAUAAGCCUGUGAAAAUUAACAAAUGGGAUGGCUCGGCGGUGAAAAACGCAAUCGAUGAUGCUGUUAAAGAGGUGCUUACAAAGAAAUACAAUUAUGUAGAGAACUUUGCGCUCAUGGACGGUAGGCUAACGAUAUGUGGAAUAGCUGUUGGUGUUGCUAUGUUUGCUUUGCUGUGGGAUUUCUUAUACCCUUUUCCACAAUCGAGGCCGAUUCUUAUCUUCUGUGUCGCAACAUACUUUAUUAUGAUGGGAAUUCUAACGUUAUACACGACGUAUAAGGAAAAGGGAAUAUUUGUUAUAGCUGCGCAGAAAAAUGGAUCGAAAAAGGAAACUGUAUGGGAAGCAAGUUCAUAUUUGAAAAAGUAUGAUGACAAGUAUAAAUUAGUGCUGUCCUGUCGUGAUGCCAAAACUGGAGCAAAGAGAGAGGCCAAUUUAAAGAAGAGUGUGGCGAACUUUGUGGACAGCAAUGGAUCUGUGGUUCCAGAAAUAGUGGAAACUGAAGUUGGAAAAUUACAUAAUUCGUUACUUAGUGAGCGUAAAGAGAAAUAAAUGUCAAUGUGUAAUUGUUUAAAAUUACUUUUCCAAUUCUUACAUGUAAUAUAUUGCAGUUUGAAACGAUUUUUUAUAAAUGUCUAUGUCCUUUUAUAGCAUUUGUUGGGUUGUAUUUUCUUUGUAUUUAUAUGUUAAAAAAUAAUAAUAUUAAAGUCGGAGGUAUUUUUCAUAUACCUCUAUUUUUAAGGUA